UUGUGUUUAAACCUUAUGACGUCGUCGUAUACGACCAGCACGUUAUGUUUGGAAACGCAGCAAUACUUGAAUGUCACGUGCCUACUCACGUGCUAGACUACAUGCGGGUGACUUCGUGGUUACAAAAUAAUGGGCAACACAUAUCAGCUUCAAACUCAGAUGAACCACAUAACUCCCUGCCACCAACCAUAACUAACUUCAGGUCCAGUGUACGUGGAUCUCAAGGUGACGUGGUAACCUUACCAUGUGUAGCUCAAGGUAAACCUCCACCGGAGUACCAUUGGUAUAAGGAACACCAUGGAUUACGAUCAGUCAUUCGAUCUGAUUAUCUGGUACUUCUUGAAACAGGAAUUCUGGUAAUUCGACAAGCGCGUGUAGAAGACAGUGGAACGUAUGUAUGUGUCGCAAAUAACAGUUUGGGAGCCGUGGAAAGCAACACAAGACUGUCCAUAACCGCUCCGUUACUGUCAGAAGUUAAACCAGAUUUCAAAAUGGCAAACAUUGGAGAAACAAUUGAAUUUACAUGUAUCGUAAAUGGGCAUCCAAUCCAGUCAGUAAAUUGGUUGCGAAACUGUCGCCCUCUGUUGUACAAUAGUCGCAUCAUUCGUCUUGGAACCAAUGUUUUAAGAAUCGCACCUGUCGAGAGGGGAGACCGUGGAAUGUAUCAAUGUGUAGUGUCGAAUGAGAAGCAGGCUGUUCAAGCUGCAGCGGAAUUAGUGUUACAAGAACAACCCCCGAAUUUCCUUUUUACCUUCAACAAAAAGUACGUACAUCCGGGCUCUUCACUUUCUUUGAAAUGCUCAGCAUCUGGCAAUCCACUGCCACAAAUAACAUGGACACGAGAUGGCACUGCCGUACCAGAAGCUUAUCACAUCCGAGUCGGGGAUUAUGUUAGUGGUACCAACACGGUGAACAGCUAUAUUAACAUUAGCACAGUAAGUGUACAAGAUGGCGCCACCUACGCCUGUAUCGCGACAAAUGGCGCCGGUCAAGCUUACCACUCUGAGCGUGUGGAUGUCUAUGGUCCACCAUUUGUCAGACCGAUGGCCAAUCACACUGUGCUUGGUGGAGGGACUGCUAUUUUCCAUUGUCCAGUAAGCGGUUACCCGCUUAAAGAAAUAAUAUGGAAGAAAGGUGAGAACAUAAUAUCUGUUCUCUACAUUCAAGUCUUAUAG